AAGAAGACUAAACUUUGAAACCAUGUUCAUCAAUUUAACCUCCAAAACCAUUUACCGCGAGGAGACUGGAUUUGAUGAAAACCUUAAGAUUGACAUCAAUUUUGCAGAGAUGGAGCUCAUUGCAGUCCUUAAGAAGUCAGAGUCUUCACAACAAUGAAGAUCCUGAAUACACCAGCGACAGCCUUCGCGAUUUGAAUCGCGCUCACUGUCAAAUCAGAGCAUAUUGCAGCCUGAAGCGGUUAAAAAUAUGUGAUGAUGGCUUUGCAAUUCUGAUUAAGUACCUUCCAAAUCCUCUUCCAAUGAACUCCAACACUUAUAGCAAGAAGUGUUUUGAGAAGGUCAAUAUUAGCAUUCAACAGAUUCAUUUGGCUUUGAUUCUGCAUAAUGAUCCUUAUUCAAAGAAUGUUUUGAUUGUUCCUGGUGAUCCUGAAAGGGUUGUUUGA